UCUUAUCUUCUUCAUGUUAUAACGUGUGUACGUUGUGUUUUAUUAAUAAUUAUGUGACAGCUGAUGUAGUGAGAGUAAUUUGACAUAAUGAAGACUUAUUGGCUGGUGUUGUGGUCGCUAUGGGCGGCGCGGUUGGUCAGGCAGCCAACGCCGCCGGUGCGAGUCACCGGUGGAUGGUUGCGUGGCGUGGUAGCCCCUGACGGUUCACAUAAGCGAUAUUUAGCUGUUCCGUACGCCACUCAUCCUAUUAAACGUUUUCAGGCUCCUGGCCCUGAGCCGACAUGGCGUGGUACAUUCGAAGCGAUAGAAGAAAAUGUACGUUGUUUACAAAGGGUUGGCAAAAGUGUACUUAUUGGUCAGGAAGAUUGCUUAAUUAUGAAUAUAUACACGCCGGUUGAUGCAAAUACACAUUCGAAAUACCCUGUAAUGGUUUUCAUUCAUGGAGGCGGAUUUUUUGAUGGGUCUGGUUCAAAUUUUAUGUACGGUCCUGAUUAUUUAGUUAGCAAAGAUGUCAUUUAUGUAACCAUCAAUUAUAGAUUAAAUAUUCAAGGAUUUGUUUGCUUAAGAAUAAAAGAAGCGCCAGGAAACGCUGGUUUAAAAGACCAAGUAGCUGCACUUAAAUGGGUACAAAGGAAUAUUGAAGCGUUUGGAGGAGACCCAAAUAGUGUAACGAUAUUUGGUGAAAGCGCGGGAGCAGCGUCUGUAUCUUUCAUUGUUCUUUCACCAAUGGCGAAAGGUCUCUUUCAUAAAGCUAUCUUACAAAGUGGUUCUUCGUUGUCAUCUUGGGCGUUGCAAUUCAAGCCGGUAUAUAUGGCUGGAUUAUUGACUAAAGUGAUGGGACAUGCCACUGACGACGUAUAUGAAAUUUAUAAUAUAUUAAUGAAAAAAUCUGACAGAGAUUUAAUUGUAAGCAGAGUGCCAAGAAGAGAGGGUAAUAUUAUCAUUUCAGAGCUGCUUUACACACCCUGUGUUGAAGAUAAAAUAUCAGGAGUCGAAGCAUUUUUGACUGAAUCGCCGUACGAUGUGUUAUCUCAGGGAAGAUAUAAUAAAGUUCCAAUAAUGAUCGGUCUAACAAGUUCAGAAGGGUUACUCUUUGCUGGUAUGGAAAACGAUACUACGAUACCGAAUAUUAAAUUUGAAAAAUCAUUACCUAAGAAUUUGGAAGUACCUGACGAAUCAAAACGAAUAGAAAUAGCAAAGAAAUUAAAGGAAUUUUAUUUGGGUGAUAGUGAAAUUUCCGCUAGCACUUUAGUAAAUGUUUCAAAACUAUACGCUGAGUUGUAUUUUUCACUCCCAGUUCUUGCAGAAACUGAACUAUAUCUAAAUACUAAUGAUUUUCCAGUAUAUAGCUACUUAUUCAGUUAUAGUGGAAGACGUAAUUUGCCAAAGUUAUCUCUAGGUUAUGGACUUAGUAAUGGCCCGGGGGCUACGCACGCUGACGAUAUAUUCUAUUUAUUUCAACAGCCUUUGCUUCCCACAUUGUUUGAAAAUAAAAUGAUUAACAUAGUAACAACUUUGUGGACAAACUUUGCUAAAUAUGGGGAUCCAACUCCAGAGGUGUCAGAUCUGUUGCCAGUGAAGUGGUUACCACUAAAUAAGACGUCACCUCAUUCCUUUGUCAUCGACAGAGAAUUCUCCACGGUACCACUGUGGUUCACCGACUCCCUUAAAUACUUACGUAAUAUCUACUCAAAAUACAGAAGAAAAAAAGACUGAGCUAUUUAGGAAAUAAUCGAAGAUGUAAGUUAAAAUAUUGAAGUUGUUUGAAGAACGAAUGUCGCAACAAUAAAAAAGUUUAUUUGUUGUAA